GUCAUUAUAUCAACUAAUAAAAAAUGAAAGUCAUCGACUAUUCUCGCAUUCUAAUAAUCUUGGCAGCUCUUGUAGGUGUUCUUCUUGUUCCAUCAAAGGCUCAAGACAGCCUCCAAGACUAUGUAAAUGCUCACAACCAAGCACGUUCACAGGUAGGCGUAGGACCGAUGCAGUGGAACGAGAAACUUGUAACCUACGCUCGGAAUCACAUAGACACACUAAAAGGCGACUGCAGACUCGUACACUCCAAUGGUCGUUAUGGGGAAAACUUAGCCAAGAGUUAUGGUGACUUGUCUGGUGUCACUGCCGUGAACUUGUGGGUUAACGAGAAGGCUAACUACAACUACGAUACCAACACAUGCAAUGGAGUUUGCGGUCACUACACUCAAGUUGUUUGGAGAAACUCAGUGAGACUUGGAUGUGCUAAAGUGAUGUGUAACAAUGGUGGAACCAUCAUUAGUUGCAACUAUGAUCCUCCAGGGAACUAUGUGAACCAGAAGCCUUACUAAUGUGUGAAGUGUGAUAAGAGUAUUGGUAAUUAUAAUAAUCCUUUUGGUUCAUAUUAUAAUAUAUUUAUAAAAUAAUACAAUGAGGUUAUGCCUCUUGGUUUA